AUGGAGCACCUCAACUCCUACGAGGACCUAAGCUCGUUCAUCCGAGUGACGCACGAGACAUGGCACGCCUUCUGGGCCCGGCGACUAAGCAUCCUCCUCUUCCUCGUCCCACGCAUCGUGGGCGACCCCUACAUUGGCAGAGCGAUGGCCCUUCUCCGCGUGGCUGAGCUAACCAACGAGAACCCAGGAUCCGUGACCCCCUUCAAGAUCAUGCACCACGCCGACCUCUACGAGAAAGGGGCCUUCCGGCCGCUGGCCGGCGACGAGGGCCUGCGGCUGCGUCGCCUGGACAUGAUGAUGGACGGGGUCGUGGACCGCUACCGGGUCAGGGGGGACGCGGAAAUCUCCAGGUGCAAGUCCCCCACGAUGAGGGAAUACGAGCAGAGUAUCAAGAGGAUGUUCUACCUGUUCGAGCUGUUCACGGUGGCGCUCCGCUUCCGGCCGGGAUUCCCGCUCGUCUUCCACCACGACGAAGUGCGUAAGGGCACCGUCGUGAUGGGGAGGCAGUGGAACGCGAACCCCCUGGGCAAGAUCUACAACUACGUCUUUUACACGUACCGGGAGGUCCUGGACGGAGUCGACAGGCGCAUCAGCAAGACGAUCAUAGACAUGCAGUACGAAAACGUCCAAGGGAAGAGGCGUGUCAGCCACCACCACCAUCAUCAGCAGCAGCAGCGUCAGCGGCGGCAACCCCUUGCCAUACUUGAUCAGCAGCAUCAGCAGCAGCAGCCCCCCAACGAACCUCACCCAGUGGAUGACACGGAGCCCCUUGAUGUACUUCAGCAGCAACAGCAGCUGCCCAACGAACCUCACCCAGCGGACGACACGGAGCCCCUUGAUGUACUUCAGCAGCAGCAGCAGCCCCCUAACGUACCUCACCCAGCCGACGACGACACGGAGCCCCCGCCGCCCGAGCACUCGAUCUUGCCCUCCUUCGAGCGCGAGACCUUCAUCACGGUGCUGGUGGCCUUUGGGCUGGAGGCCAUGCACGAGAUCCUGUCGUGGGACGGCGAUCGGGUACUGGCGUUCAUACGCCACAACUACAUGCCCAUCAUGGCCUGCAUACACGACCUGAUCCCGCCUCCCACUUUCCCGUGGCCGGCUGGCACCCACACGACAAUGGUCAACGACCUGACGUGGCAUGACCCGCCACUGACGUGGGGGCAGAUCGCGCGGUUGAGGGCCAAGUUCGGGGUGCUGCGGUCGAGGGUGUGCGAUAGCGUUACCAUGCCUACUUCGGUGGCCAUCCCUGUGGUGGGGUAA